AGUGGAGACACAUUCAUGCAGGCAUGCCAUGAAGCCAGCCAACAGGGAAAAGAAUCAGAAUCAACGGUGUAUUCCAUAUGACUACAACAGAGUUGUACUCGACACCAUUAAUAACCAACCGGACUCGGACUACGUGAAUGCGUCCUACGUCGAUAGUAUAUUAAAGCCAAAUGCCUACAUCGUUACUCAGGGACCCAUAGAGACGACAGUGACAGAAUUCUGGCGGAUGGUAUGGCAAGAGCAAGCAUCCUGCAUAGUGAUGUUAACAAAAACCUUUGAUUUCAUCAAGGUCAUGUGUGUACAAUACUGGCCGCCCAACAAGGAUAAGGAUGAGGAGUACGGGGGCAUCGGUGUGUCCGUUCUCAAGGAGGAAGAAUUGGCAAACUUUCACAUACGAACGAUAAAACUUUACAAGAAAGAUGAGAGUGGUCAGGAAAUUACGGAGGAGCGUACACUUCUCCAGUUUCAUUACACUGAAUGGCACUCGCACACGUGCCCAUUCAGCAAUGCUGUCUUGGAGUUUCGGAGGCGAGUUAGGGCAGUUGUUGGUUCAACUCUUAAGAAAGAGUCGGGUCCAAUGAUAGUUCACUGCAAUGAUGGCGGUGGUCGUUCAGGCGUGUACCUGGCAAUCGAUGCAAAUCUGGAGCUUGCAGAGGAAGAAGACGCCUUCGACGUCUUCGGUUAUCUGAAGAAACUGCGACAGAGCAGGCGUGGCCUCAUCGACAAUUUGGACCAAUAUAAAUUCGUGUACGACACCCUCGAGGAGUACAUUAUCUGCGGUGCCUCAUGGUUUCCCGUCUCGGAGCUGUCGCAACGACUGAAGCAGAAGAGCGUGAAGAAUCCACUAACAAAGAUGAACGAGUAUCAGCGUGAGUAUCAACAGAUCUGCAAGCAAACACCUCGUUUUACGAUCGGUGAUUGCGCUGGUGGGCAUCGAGCGGAUAACAGGGAAAAAAAUCGUGAUGUCCUCGUUGUGCCACCUGACAACUUUCGUCCAUACUUGACGAGCUUCCAGGGUAAUAGCUUCACGGAUUACAUAAAUGCUGUAUUCGUAGACGGAUACACGAAACCCCGUGAGUACAUCGUUACCGAAUGGCCCCUGAAACACACGUGCGGUGAAUUUUGGUCACUUGUGUACGAUUACGAGUGCUCAGCCGUCGUUAUACUGUGUGUACCACCACCCGCAUCCACUAACUUUCCAAGUUUUUGGCCCGAGGGAAGACACUCGAAGAAGUACGGCCCAGUAUUCACCAUAGAUCACAUAAGCCACAACCACUACACAAACAUCAAGACUUGGGUAUUCAGGAUAAACAAGAAGAUAGUAUCUCUGACGGAAUUGAUGGCAGGAGUUAAAGCACCACCGAAGACUGUCCAGUUGUUUCAGCUGACCUGUUGGCCGAUGGGACAGGCUGUACCAACAUCGACGAAUAGUUUAGUAGAAUUGAUGAACAUGGUGGAGAGGUGGAGACAGCGAACUGAUUAUGGGCCAGUUGCCGUUGUAUCGCCAGACGGUAGAAGCCGGUGUGGCGUUUACUGCGCUGCUAAUGCUUGUAUAGAGCAAGUUAUACAGCACGGCGAAGUGGACAUCUUUCAGGCUGUCAAGACUGUCAGGAGGCACAGGCCCCAGCUCGUUGAGAACAUGACUGAGUACAAGUACUGCUAUGACCUAGUUCUUCACUACGUGCUGCAUUAUCUGAACAAGGAUAUGAAUGAAAAGAAGUGAGAAAGCGAGUUGAGGGACGAGCUG